GUGAGUUUUACGGGCCCCAUGGAGAUAUGGCGGGGCCAAUUUUCAAGGGAAUCAUUUGGCAAACUAAGAGUUUUGGAGAUAAAAAUGUGUAAAGGGAUUCCAGUUGCAAUCCCCUGCAGUAAGCUACCAGUAUUACAGAAUCUGGAGCAACUCAACGUGCAAGAUUGUAAUUCAGUGGAAGAGGUAAUCCAAGAGGAAGGACUUGCGGGUGAGACAAUUCCAAGGUUAACUAAAAUAUGCUUAAAGAGACUACCUAGUCUUAUGCAUCUAUCUGCGUUACAGCCAAUUCUUCAAAAUCUUCAUUCUCUAGAAGCAGUUGACUGUGGAAAUUUGAUGAAUUUAGUAUCACCCUCAAUGGCUAAAAGACUAGUGCAACUCAAAGAGCUUUCUAUAACAUACUGCUCCAUGGUGAAAGAAAUAGUAGGAGCUGAUGUGAGUGAAGCAACAGAUGAUAUUAGUUUCACCAAUUUAGAGAAGCUACAACUUGGGAAUUUAGUUGUUCUGGAAAGCUUCUCCUCAGCAAGUAACACCUUCAAAUUCCCAUCCUUGGAAAAAGUAGAGAUAGAGCAACUACCAAGGCUUACACAUCUAUACAAGAUAAUCCCUGGCUUAGGUGAGAAUCUUCAAAAGCUUCGUAUUCUAGAAGUAUCAGGCUGUGGGAACUUGGAAAUUUUGUUAACACCGGCAAUGGCUAAGGCACUGGAGCAACUUGUAAAGCUUACUGUGAGGAACUGUAAAACGCUGAAAGAAAUAGUUGAAAAUGGAGGUGAAGCAACGGAUGAUGAGAUUGUUAACACGAAAUUGCAAGAGCUAAAACUUGUUAAUUUACCAAUUCUGAAAAGCUUUUGCUCAGCAAGUUACACCUUCAAAUUCCCAUCCUUGACAUACGUAUGGAUCACAGAUUGCCCUCAGAUGAAAUAUUUUUGCAUGGGACAUUCAAUGACACCAAGGUUAGAGCAAAUGUACAUGAAUUGGUCUAGACUGCAUUUGGAGAAUGACCUGAAUACUAUCAUACGGAAUUAUUUUACAGAGUGGGUGUUGAAUGAUCAGCAUCCCAAGGUUGAGGAUUCUCAGGAAGAAGUUCCUGAUGAAGAAGAUGCUGAGGAAGGGGAUUCUGAAGAGCAGCACCCCAAGGAAGAGUCUUCUGUGAAAGAAGACACGGAGGGAGAGAAUUCUGAAGGAGGAGGAAGUGGAUCCCCAUGAGGAAGACUAAGUUCAACUUUUCAUAUGCAAAACGAAGAAAGGGUUUUCCUUGUGCAUUCUAUAUAUAUGUAUGCAGAACUUGGCUUCAUUUGAGGACAUGUAUUGAUACCAUCCCAGUCAGAGAGAUGCUGCCAAUGAAUUUUUCCUCAGUCUCUUUGGUAUGUUUUGCUUUAUGAUGCCAUAUCUGUAUUUUGCUAAUGCUCCCUGGCACUUAAGAGACCAUUCAACCGCUUGUGGUUCAAAAUAUGUGUGAUUAAGCUUUUUUGCACAUUUGACUUUAUUUGCAUUAUUCUUGUGUACGCGUAUUAAUAUUAUAUGACCAAGCUUGUUAGGACCUUUCAUAUUCA